CCUAUGUUCCCGAUCACAAAGAAGGCGAACGUUUGCCUGUUUUAUCUUUCCGUUGUGGUUGUUCUGUUCUUGUUCGACAGUGUGAAGCCUGAUGGGUUUUACUUAACUUAUGAUUUGUGGAAUCAAGGUGUGAAGUACACCUGUUAUCGUUGCUUCAUCGAGCAAAGGCGCUCCACUUUCGAUUAUAUUUGACUGUUCUUCCUUGUUACCGCUAGUCCCAUCUGAGAUUAGCACUUUGCAAUUCUCGGUGUUGCCACAUCCAGCAGACGUAAAGAAGAGCAGACCUUUGGGAGUAUUGGCGUUGUUUUCAUUACCUGAUGCGAGAUCUCAUGCUGAUGCACCCGAAUCGGGCUUCACGUUCCGCGCGGCUUGAUAUUGAGAGUUUGAGUUGACGUUCGAGUACUACGGU